AUGCCUGUGCCAUCUCGCCUUCUUACUACCAAAUUCUUCUAUGCUACUGGGAACACCCCAGCGGUGUGUCUUACGCACUCUCUUCCCCCGGAUCAGGAUGUGUCUCUACUCCUCCUUGGAUGCGGGGAUGUUCGCAAUGUGCUGUUCACAGCAUACGCAGAUCUGGGUUCAGGGAAUCGAAAGAUAGACGUUACCUGCUGUGACUUGGAAGGAGAAAUUAUCGCCCGCAACAUGUUACUAUACACUCUCAUCAUUGACAGCACGAACGACACGAAUAUUGAGGAUAUAUGGAAUAUCUACAAUAACGUUUUGAUUAAUGACACAGCCCUCGACCUAUUGCGCAGUCAAGCAAAAAAGCUUGUCAAGAUCAGCAACAGUAUUUCGAACUGGAAUGAUGGGAAAUAUGGCAAAACACUUCGAUUCUGCACGCAGGAUACGUAUUCCCGUGUUAUGAGAAUGUGGGAAUUUUAUGCCUUAGAUCCCUUAAAUGAGCAGGCUUUCAAAGAUCAACAGAAAAAGCUCGAACUGAUGAUAAAGAAGGCCAAAGAUCUACAGAAACAUACUGUAGGCUCUACAAAAGUGAUGACCGGGAUCCGCUCCGCUGCACCUUGUGAUAUUACCCAUAUCAAUGAGAGCCAUAAGUUCUAUGACCAGUUUUGGAGAGAAGGAGUCAUUGCACCAAACACGGACUCCUUUCCCAAGGCACUACAUAUGAAUCCAAUGAUUGGGACACAGAGUGAAAGGCUAGUACUUCACUAUGGCACUCAGCCGCUGCUAGGAUUCCACCUAGCCACCGCAUACUCGCCGAUUGUAAAAGGAUCGCCUCUGGAUUAUACCCCCGAUAGCCUAGGUGGCACGCCCACUAUUAUCAGGGCUGCGUUCGCCCAGUUCCGUGUCUACGUAAACACAUUUCAUGCAGUAUUCCCAAAGUGGGUACUCCGCUUCGCGUGUGCUGAUGCUUUAGUGUUUUGCAAUACACUUCAAGGCCAAGAGUAUGGCAUGACUUCCCGACAGGAAUAUUGUGAUAACUGGCAGUUUGAACCCUUUGUCCUGGACCCAUAUGAAUACCCCGAACAAGGAACUGGAGCUCCUCGUUUAUUUGAUGCCAUUGAUACAUCAAAUUUAGUAGACCAUCUUGGGGCAUUAAACAUUCUAGCAGCAACUGGCCCUUUGUUGAAGGCAAAACCCACAUCAACUAUUUCCACGGAGCUAUUAGUUUCGCGGAGGAAAGAUACAGAUGAAUACGUGAAAUCGCUUCUGUCGGGGGAUAUGAUAACCAUUGGCUCCUUGUUCAAACUUACCCCGAACCAAUAUUGGACCGGUGCGAGUGUAUCCUCGCAUUUUAUGGAGAGAGUUUUUGCACUUAUACGCGAGAGCGCCGCUCAAGCUCGCUAUGUUCUGCGAUGGACCAGAGUGGUUGAGGACUCUAUCACAUAUGACCCAAAACAACUUUCUGGUCUUAUGUACUCUAUGUACCUUUGCAUGUUUGAGGACGAAAAUCCACUUAAUCUCCUGAAACUGCAGCAGGAUGGAAGGUUGCUUGAUGACUUUAAAGCCUAUACAAGAGCAAGUCUCUGCUCUAUUUUGCAGAGCUUACGAGGAUCGAACAUAGUGAAUUGGCAGACUUUCAUCAGCCAAUUUUGCGACUUAAUAAGUCGGGAUUCUGGCUUGUUUAUGGGCCGUCAUUAUCUUCAAGAGUUUUACCUACACCUGCAUCUUUUGGACCUGUAUACGGUGCCAAGUCUCAAACCUGAUCUGGAUGGCACAAUUUCUCGAUUACCACAAAGCCUAUUCAGGAAUUGGGCUAAUAUUCCCCCACUGCUAUCAGUCACAUUGGCCAUUCCUCACGAAAAGCUUUCAUUGUUUAUAAAUGCACCUAUGAACAAGUAUGGCACACCAAUAUGCCACAUUAUGCUGGAAUCGCAAGCAGGACAAAGCAUUUUUGCAGAUGUGCAGCUAGGAUUUGGGAAAAUACAGACAUCUGGGAUGAAAUACACGGAAGGGUAUGCGCUUGAAGUCAUCACAGAUGAGAGAGGAUGGGACGGGACCGCCCCCCUCCUUGCUUCCGUGAAGGUCUCUACAGCUGUAAUUCUACUACAGCCAGACCUAUUGUGUAAAAUUUCCUUUGGACUGAAAUCAACUCCCAUCACUAUCCAAUUGGUGAGGGAACUUGGAAUGAAUCUGACCAUCCAUGAGUCUACAUUGGCUGAUAGUGACGUGUAUAUCACCCGCUGUCGUCCGAAUAUGAAGCACCAAAGGAUAGAACGCCCCGAAGUAAUCCAAUCGAACCGCAGCGUCGUUCCUUCAGAUUCACCCAAAGAUAUGGAAGGGAUAGAGCUAAAAUUUCACUUGGAGCUUAAUUCUAACUGUUCAAAGGCUGUGCUACUAACAACACACCUUGAGAUCACCUCGCCGAGGUAUCAGGAUAUUCUACGGCAAGGGGCCGAAGUCCUCGUGAAGCAGAUUUCUCCAUACAAAAUAAGCAUCCAGCUGGGAGGGAAGCCUUUCCAAUCCAAAAUCCAACUUCCAUUCCCCGUUUUAUCGGUGAAUACCAAAACGAGAAUUGCCCGGAAGUCCUCGUAUAUUGAGUUCAUUGCGCCGAUAGCUUCCACCAGAGAUCUUGCUCAAAACCCCGACAAUAUUUUCCCCGUCGACCUCUAUGAUAAUGGUCCGGUUUUGAGAAAUCUAGAUUAUACCGCACUUGACAAAUUGCCCAAGCUUGAGCUUAAAGAUUCCUCAAAGUUGAGUUGGAUUAAAUUACUUGUAGGUGAUAUGUUCUCUGCCACAGAAGACAAGGAAAGAAAUGAACUCUUGAAAGGUUCGAUUAUUUCUUCUUCAGAUGUGCGAAUGAAUUUCAAAGAUUCACUUGUUUCUCUGUUUGGAGGCGUCAGUGGUGUCAGCGGCCAAGGCAACCAAAUGGUUUUUGGUCUCCACAACGAGGCAGGUAGAGGGGUGAAUGUGAUCGUUCUCAUCUCGUCUUUACGACUGGAGGCUGCUAAUCAAAGUAUGGUACUUGACGGAGCGGUGAUUCCUCUUACUACAGAUCUUGUUCAGAUGAUUUCUUCAAGCCUCCGUACCUUCACCGAACGGGGCUUGGUAACAAUCAGAGUCCCUGAGGAUGAGUUCCGCCUUUGGAAACACGUAUUUCCUGCCUUUGUCGAACGGUGCCGUACCUGGAAGCAUUUGCCGUCGUGCAAGUAUACGACUACCGGGAAAAUACCCCUUUCCACUGAUUGGGCACAGCCGAUACUUUGUUCAUGUGGCGAAGGUAAAUUCCCCAACGGCUAUGAAAUCAAGGGAGUUCCGGAGUGGAAGAAUAUCAAGAAAUACGCCACCCGCAUCGCCAUAUCGCCUUGUUACUGGGUCCCAUUCGUGGAUAAAGGGGUUUUGUCUGGCGUGCAGGACAAGGACGACAAUGAGGAGGACAACAAGGAAGAUAUUUCCCAGAUAUUAGAGCCGCUAGACUUAAAGAAGAGGCUGUGCUCAAAUUGUGGGAAGAAACCUGGAAGUGGAACGAAGCUGCUCAGGUGCAGUGGCUGCAAAAUAGCAGAGUAUUGCUCGAAGGAAUGCCAGAGGGAGGACUGGAAAGUAACGCAUAAAUCGGUAUGCAAAAUGAUGGCACAGUUAAAAUGA